UAGACGGCAGCAUGGGAGAGACUGUGGAGAAAGUCCAUAAUACCACUCAUGGAUAUGGCUGUUGGGAACACUGCACUCCUCUGGGACACAGCACAUCCAGCGCCGCCACCUCUGCUCCAGUCAGUCGCCUCCUGAGAUGUGGAGCCGCCGUUCUCAUAGUCGGCGCUGUGUUGAUGCUGUGUGCAUCCGUGGCUGCUCUCUACCUGUGGAAAGUCAGUGAUAAAAAUGUUUAUAAUGUUCGUUACAGUAUGAACAUCAAUGGGGAGGUGAGGGAGGGCUCCGUUGAAAUUGAUUCCGACAACAACCUGGAGAGAUACAAAACUGGGAGCGGAGCUGGGGAAGUGGUGGAGAUCCAUGACUUUCAAAUAGGGAUUACUGGAAUUCGCUUCUUCGGAGGUGACAAAUGCUACAUCAAAUCUCAAAUCAAAGCCAACCUUCCACACAUGGGAGCUCACAACAAAGAGACGCUAAUGUUCGACCUGAUGGAUGAAUUGAUGCCAGUGAGGUUUGACGAAGGGUUCCUUGUUUGGGUCGCAGGAGAGCAGCCGCUGACGGACACCAGUUUUCUGAGCAGCAAGAUUCUGGGUCUUUGUGGGGAACUUCCCAUUUACUGGCUCCAACCUGCUUUCCCCAAAGAUGGGGAAAGGAGAAAGAGAGAUACGGAGCGAGCCAAGCGGCAGUUUAGCGUGGAGGAGUUGGAGGCGCCUGCUGAGGAGAGGGACCCGGUGAGUCACGCGGAAGACGCUGCCGUCUCCAGAGUCGUGGAAGGAGACCAAGAGGAGGGGGCUCAGUCGACGGCAGGGUCGGCGUUCAAUCCUGAAAACCCCUAUCAUCGCAGCGGAGCGGCUGGAGAGGAGGGCGCCGUGACCUUUGACUCCAUGUUAGACCACCAGGGGAUCUGCUGCUCGGAUUGCCAACGCAGCUACACUCACUGUCAGAGAAUAUGCGAGCCUCUGCGUGGCUACUGGCCUUGGCCUUACCACUACAGAGGAUGCCAGGUAGCAUGCCGAGUCAUUAUGCCUUGUCGUUGGUGGGUGGCUCGCAUCUUAGGUGUUGUGUGAGGAAAACACGCUACAUCUGUGAGGGAACAGCGCUUUAUUUUCCUCCCAAAGAUGAAAAGAAUAUCUCCACAUUCUCAGCUCUGAUGCAGAUAUUUAUUUUCCGGCUUUGACUGUAAAUACCGUCAGAGCUUCACCUGUUACGUGAAAUGCAGAUGUAUGGUGUACGAUUAUCUGUGCUCUAAUCCACGUUAUACAACAUAUUUCACACAUAAAUGUUACAUAUAAACAGGUGCUUUCUCUUUGUAAGCAUGCGCAGCUGCUUUACAUAGCUACAGUAAAACCAGGACACAUAAAUGACAUAUUCCUAUUUGCAGCAACAGCCUCACAAAUGAUUCAUUUUUGCAUCUUGUAAUACCAAGGCUUAAUGCACUGUACUGUGUUUAAUGGAGGGUGUGGGACUGAGUCCAAAUGCUCUGCAGAUCAUGUACCUUUUCUGACUGAAUAGGCUUCAAUAAAUUCUAA